GGCCUCGCGGCCAACCACAUUACGGCCUGAGCAGGCAACAACAAACAUGGCGGCGGCUCCGGAGAGGAGCUGGACGGAGGAGAAAGAGAGGGCGCUCAUUGCGUUCUUCUCCGAGAACAUCUGUCUGUGGAACUACAAGUCUGAGGAUUAUAAGAACCGGGAUCUGCGAUGGAAAACCCUGGAGCGCCUCCGGAUCCUGCUGUCCUCCCAGCCGCCUCCCGUUCCGUUCUCAGUGGAAGACAUCAAGAACAAGUUUAAGAACCUGCGUACGACGUUCCAGCGCCAGUACAAGCUGGUGCGUCUGAGCGGCGACGCCGGCUUGGUGCCGCAGUGGAAGCACUACCAGCAGCUGAGCUUCCUGCAGGACUGCUGCGAGCCAGAGGAGGGCGCCGACGGGACGCCGCCCUCCCCGCCCGCAGAGGAGAGCUGGCUCCCUCCCACCUCACCCGGACUCAGCAUCUCCUUCCUCCACUCCUCUUGCUCAGGCGGCGCCGCUGGGAGGAGCCUCUGGACGGAGGAGAGGGAGCGGGAGCUCAUCGCGUUCUACGCAGAGCACGGCUGUCUGUGGAACAGGAAGUCUGAGAAUCACAACAACCGGCAACUCAGACAAAAUCUCCUGGAGUCCCUCAGGAUCCGUCUCUCGGACCAGCUGGUUCUGUUUUCUGUGGAAGACGUCAAAUCCAAGUUCAAGAACCUUCGUACGGUUUUUAACCGGGAAUUCAAGGCGGUCCAGGCGAGCAGAACCUCGGACCAGCCCUACGUGUCCAAGUGGAAGCACUUCCACCAGAUGCUCUUCCUCUGCGAGUCGUUUGAGGAAGACGAGUUUCCCGACGGCCCGCAUGAGGGAAGCCGGACUUCCUGCUCCGCCUCCUCCUUUAACACCUGCAGCGUAAAGACGGAGAGCAACUCCAUCACCUGCUCCGCCUUCCAGGUGUUGCUGCCCGCAGCCCCAGACCAGACCGAGCUAAUGGAUCCCAGAGCGCCGGCCGGAUCGCCGCCGGACAGGAAGCCCGGCGGUCGGGUUCUGGUUCCGGCUGACGACAGGGCGAGCGGCGAGUCGCGCUGCCUCUGGAGCGAAGCCAGAGUUCAGCAGCUCAUCUCGUUUUACGCCGAGCACAGCUGCCUGUGGAACAACCGGGUCGACAGCUUCCGGAACCGGCUGCUGCGGCAGAGCCUGCUGGAGACGCUGAGCGGCCAGCUGUCCGCCGGGGAGCCCGUCCCGUUCACAGUGGAAGACAUCAAGACGAAGUUCAGGAACCUGCGGACCAUCUUCCAGCGGGAGCACAAGGCGGCGAGCGCCAACAGAACCUGCGGCUCCGAGGAUUUCUACCUGCCCAAGUGGAGGCACUACCUGGACCUGCUGUUCCUCUGUGACGGCGACGAGGCCUCCGCCCAGAACCCGCCCUCACCGACCCCCCCGGACUCCUGGCUCUCCUGCUCUUCCUCCUCCUCAUCCUCGUCUCCGACCCGCAGCAGGAAGCGAGCGGUGAAGAAGAUGAAGAAGAAGAUCAUCGAGACGAUCCACAGCCUGGAGGAGGACGGAUGA